AAACAUAAAAAUGGAAAAGAAAAUGCUUUAAAUAGAAUUGGAAAGCACCAGGUGUUUCUUGUAUAAUCGCGCAACAGCUGUUCGAUGAAAUGCGGCAUUGGAUUCUUGUGAAAACUGAUAAGUGCUUAGGCUAAAAGAAACGGGAAUUUCUUCUGGGUUGCUGGAACGUAAUUGAUCCUGAGUUACAGAAGGAAGGAGAAGGUUUGGAAGAUGGAGACUGGAAAAGAAGAGAAAGAGAAGGAGACUCUGGUCUUUCUGGACCGGGCUUCUCGUGCUACUAGAGGCAAACGGAUGACAAAAUUGCUAGACGACGAGGUAGAAGAGGAUGAAACUUUCUGGAAUCAAGAUGCUCUGAAAGAGGAAGAACAUGACGAUGAAUAUGAAGAAGAAGCAGAGGUUGCUGAUGUUUUUGACAGUGACUUUGAUGAAGAUGAACCUGAGCCAGAUGAAGAAGUAGAAAAUGAACCAGAUGAUAGGACUCGACCAAAAAAGCGACUAAUAUUCCCAGGAAAGACAAUAUCUAAGAAUAAAAAGAAAAAGAGGGUACAUAAAUCGGAAAGGGUUCCUCGAGAGGAAGGAACUUCUGAGCAAUCCACUCCUCCUGAGCAUCAUGAUGCUCCUGAAGAUGUGGAAGUGGAAAGAACCAUUAGGAAAUCUACUAGAACUUCAGUUAUUGUUAAGCAAGCUGAGAGGGAGGCAAUACAAGCAGCACUGCAAGCAACAAUAAGGCCAAUUAAAAAGAAAAAGGAAGGCGAGGAGAAGCGGAUGACCCAAGAAGAGAUGCUUCUGGAAGCAGCUCAAACAGAAAUUAUGAACCUUAGAAAUUUGGAGCGAGUUUUAGCUAGGGAAGAAGAAGUUAAGAAAAGAGCAGUUGUGCAUAAAGCAGUUUACACAGGCCCUCAGAUACGAUAUCUUUCAAGAAAUGGUUCUUCAUUUCUUGAGUAUAUGAAUGGAGCGUCAUUUGAAUCAGAGAUAUCAACAGAAUCCCAUCCUUACGCAGAAAAAGCAAUUUGUGCUGUCACUGGGUUACCAGCAAAAUAUCGCGAUCCGAAGACUGGGCUACCAUAUGCAACAAAAGAAGCUUUUAAGAUGAUAAGAGAGGAGCUGUCGGAUAAAAGCAAAAGCAUUUCAGAGAAAAAAAGCAAGGAACUCCUCUCUGAUGCAAUUCCUGAGCAAGGAUUUUCUCAAAGACGAAAGAGAACAAUGUUUCCAAAGAGAGAAACAUCAUACUUCCGGCCUUUUGCUCGUUUCCGUAGAUUUCCUGCUAGUGAAAUAGAAGAUUCAGAAUAGUGACGAUGUGAGCUGGUGUUCUAUAUUUCUUGUCUUCUGUGCAUGUAUUGACAGAUGUUUUGCUAGAUCAGGAUAUUGUGAAUACAGAGUUAGGACAGAUUUUGUAAUCUUUGUUAUUAACCAAUCGCAGAGCACAUAAUUAGCACCUGACCAAGAUUAAAUUACUGAACCCAUGAACCAGCCUUCUAAUGAUGCUGUCCUAUCCUAUAUUUAGUCGUUAACAUGUUUCUAAA